AUGGAUGAAACGGGAUUCAACACGGUCGCAACAAAAGAAGAGAACGUGCUGGCGAGGAAAGGCACCUUCUUCCAUGGUCAGAGAACGUGGCUCCGAAACAACCCUGGUAAAGUCAUCACACUGUUUGAGAUGGGGGAGAUGAUCGGCGUUGACGUGCUGAUCGAGCCGAGCGGCGCCGUCGAGCUGGAGCCGGGUGUGGAGGUGCGGUUCGCGCCGGGCGUCGGUCUGACGGUGCGCGGCGGCCGCCUUCUGGCCAGGGGCAGCGCGCGCGAGAGAAUCGUGCUAACGACAGCAGCUGAGGACGUCGGUCGGUUGCCACGCCCGGGCCUGCGGCUGGUGGACGGCCCGGCGCCCUGGGAGGGACGGCUCCAGGUGUUCCACCGCCACCGCUGGCGAGCUGUCUGCACCAACUCCAGGAACUGGACGGAGGCGGACCGGCAGGUGGCCUGCAGCCAGCUGGGCUACGCCGGCGGCCAGUACGCCGACUGGUACAGGUGGCUGAACGGCACACACCGCAUGCUGUACCAGCAGCCGGACUGCAGCGGCUCCGAGCAGCGACUGCAGCACUGCGACUGGAAGCGCAGGGCCAUGGGCGCCGGUGUCUGCGACGACCAUCCUGACCUGGCCCUGCGCUGUGACCCCGUCUUCUCCGCGAGCCGGCUGCUCACCCACUGGCGAGGCAUACGGUUUGAGUGGGCUGCCAACACCAAGAUGCUCACCGCUGGCGACUCGCUCUACGAGAAGUUCUCAGACUCCGAGCUCUACCACGUGGAUGUGCUGCACGCUGGCAUGGGUCAGGACAAAGGGGUACACGCAGCCAUCGAAAGCCAGGGCGUGCCGCCGCGGCUGUACGGCGUCAACGUGCGCGGCUCGGCAGGCGGCGGACUCAACAUCACCCAGCCAGACUCUAUGGUCAACAUCCACAGCUGCACCGUCCAGGACAACGCUGGCACCGGCAUCUACAUCAACACAUCCACGGGCCUGGUGCACGUGCACGACUGCAGUGUGCGUGAGAACGGCGCCGACGGCGUGCGCCUGGUGCAACACGACCGGGAGAUGGCGCGGCGCGAGGUGGACGGCGCGCCCGUCACCGACUUCUGUAGUUCGGGCACCACCGUCCAACAGGUCUACCCCAUCCACUCCGUGGCCCAGCAGUUACGGACCAGUUACCGGCCGAUCCGCUGCCAGAAGACCUUCCACUCUCGUCACGAUCUGGUGAUGACGGUCAGCUUCCUGUAUCUGACGAGCGACAUAGACGAGGACGCUCAGAUCAGCUUCUUUGACGGCAUGAGCGCCACAUCGCCUCUGCUCGGCUCGUUCCGGAUUCGAAACGGCACACGGCCCCAGAGUCUGGUCACCACCAGGAACCAUUUGCUAGUGACCUUCUCUGCCGGUAACCAGACCCAGACGGAGGUGCUGAUGGCCAUCACCGCCGGGCCAGGGAAGACCCACGACCUGAACGUGUCCAACUCGGACGUGUCCAACAAUAACGGGCGUGGCAUCGCCAUCGAGAACAUGCGCUCGCUCGUGCACGUGCACCGCACGACCGUAGCCAACAACUCCCACGUGGCCGGCGUACACGUAUGGGGCGGCGCCGGCGAUGUGAACGUCACGUGGUCGCAGAUCAGCGGCAACUUGGGUGACGGCAUCAACAUCACGUAUGCUGGCGGCGCGCAGAACGUCUCGUGGAGCGAAGUGCGCGGUAACUCGGGCCGAGGCGUGUCACUUUGGCUGAACGACACGCGCCGCUGGAUCGCUUUCCGCGAGGAGCUCGUGGUGUCGUACUCGAGCGUCUCUGGCAAUUUAGAGCAGGGUGUAUUUGUUGGAAACUUCUGCCGCAGCGCAUUUGUGAACAUCAGCGGCAAUGUGUUUGAAGCGGGCCGCGGCGACGCCGUAGACGUGUGGUCGUGUCAGAACGUGACGCGAGGCAUCACCGCGCUCCAGAUCGGCCACAACCGCUUCAUCGCCAACCGGCGGCUCGCCAUCAGCAUGGCGCCGAUAGCCAACAUCUUCGGCAGCAUCGACAACAACUACUUUGCCGAUCAGCGUGUGGCGACACUGCGCGUCUUCAGUGGCGACACGCCCGAGGUGGAACUGUUGCCACUGCAGCUUCGCAUCACCCAGAACUUUUUCGAGAGGAACAAAGGGAUGUACGUGGUGAGCGUGGGCUCGUCGCAGUUCACCCGCUCACCGCGACAGCGCAUCCUCUUCACUGAGAACUUUCUGCUGCGCAAUAGCGUGUCAGAGCCGUUUCCCAGCCUGAACCCUCGCAACCGUGUGGCGGCCGUGGUCGCCGUUUCCUCGGCGUCGGCCGUCGUCUACCGCAACAUCCUGGAGAACCCCGACUCGCGCUACGAACUGGGCGUCCACUUCGAGGACCAGAGCGCCAACGCCAACGUCUCACACAAUUGGUUCGGCUUCAAGCGCUCGCGCCUCGUGUACGAGCGCAUCUUCGAUCGCAAGGACCGCUACAACCUGGCCAAGGCCGACUUCGAGCCGUUCCUGCUGAGCGAAAACGACCCGCACUCGUCGCUCACUUCGCUCAACCAGCAAUUCGUGCCGAGCUUCGGGCCGAACGAGCGGGGCGAGAUCGGCGGCGAGAUCGACGGUCAGGUUGUGUUGCCUGAGGGCACGCUGACCGUGACCCGCGACAUCUUCGUACGGCCCGGCGCGCGCCUGACGGUGGCCUUUGGCGUUCGCCUGCUUUUCCCACACAGCGUCGGCAUGAUGGUAGCUGGCCACCUGCACGCUGAGGGAUCCUCGCUGGCCAAGGAGAAGCGGGUCACGCUCAGCCUGCUGGAGCGGGGCGUACGCAGUAACGUCAGCAUGGCGCCGGUGCGGCUGGUCGGCGGCCGGACCGAACGCGAGGGUCGACUCCAGGUGCACAUCAACAACGAAUGGGGCACGGUGUGUAGCCACGGCUGGAGCCGGCUGCCAGCGGCUCUGGUGUGCCACCAGCUCGGCUGGGUGCUCAACCCGGCCGAUUGGACGCUCGACCCAGGCCAGCAACCGGCCGACGGACUCGACUCGCGCGUUCUCAUCAGCACAGUUCGGUGCAGCCACACGGACACGGACCUGACCCAGUGCCAGUUUGAGGGUGCGGACGACCUAGAACACACCUGCUCUCACGAUCGUGACGUCACGCUCCGCUGCUAUGACGUCACGUGGGCCGGCGUGCGGUUCGGCGUGCCGUCGGAGAAGAACAUCCUGAAGAACGUUCUGUUGGAGCGCGCCGGUCUGGUGGACUACGCCACCGAUGCGUUCGGGCCCGCUCUCCGAUUGGACUUCAACCACCACGUCCUGGAGCACGUGAAGCUGUCCAUGAACGAUGGCGAUGGCUUAGGCAUCAUGUACUCAGAUAUUUACAAAAUCGACGACGUCAACCACAUGAAGCACGUGGAGUCUAGCCAAAACCGCGGCCACGGCAUCUCCAUGCGCAACCUGUGGCUUGAGAUGUCUGACUGUCUGCUGAAGGCGAACGGCCAGUCUGGACUGCACUACGAGCCCUCCCUCAGCCGUUACGAGCAGAGAGAGCUGGUGCGCUGGGUCAGCGCGGCGCCCGAGCGCAAGAUCCUGGUGCCAUCUGCCGACACCCAUCUGGAACUGGAGCUUAACAAACCCAUCUACCUCAUCACAGAGGGUGCGAUAGGUGCCAUCGAAAAGAUAUACAAUAUCCAGACAGCCCGCGAGAAUGUCAUUGGCAUCCAGGUUCUGAACCCGGGCGCUGAGGAAUCCACCGAAGAUAUCGCCAUUUACGACUUCUACCAGAUACAGCCGGACGUGGAGGUGUGGCGGCUACGCCGGGACCUCCUGGCGUUCCCGCUGAGCUCGUCCAGCUUCCAGCUGGUGCUGCAGUACACUGCGCCGGCCACAACCCGCGGAGGCGCAGUCUUCCUGCUCACCGCCGUCAGACGCUCUGACGUGCGCAACCCUCGGCCCACCUCCCUCCUGAGACGGAUGGCUAUACCAGGCCGCGCUCCUCGCGUCCGCAUCUUCAACUCAAAGAUCACCGCAAACAGGCGCGGCAUUUCGGCGCUCCACUAUGACAGCUUCAGAGAUCUUCAUGAGCUGCGGCUGAGAAAAUCCAACGAAUCCAUCGAAGUGUACGACUCAGAGAUCUCUGGAAAUGCGGAGGAGGCCGUGUACUUCCUCUCGCCCUAUACGGAGAUCACCUCACAAAAUAUAUCUGAGGUCACCGUCAUGAUAAACAACACGAAAAUCAGGCGGCAACGGUGCUGGCAUCCGGCAGGUCACCAGAUAUCGGAUCUGUGGCUGGCAAACAACCUGUUCCAUUGGGUGCUGCACAACAACAGCGUGUCGACCAACCAGCAUGGCGGCCUGGAGAUCAGCCUGCCGUACGUCUGGCAGUACGACGAGAACUUCACCCACUCGGUCUACGUCUCAGAUAACCAGUUCGUCUCCAACCUAGAUUUCCGCGCUGCCGUCGAGGGUCACUUCGCGCGCGUCGUCAUCCGCGGCAACCACUUCCUGGACAACGCGGCCGACCAGGGUGUGCUCGCCGUCAGCGGCAUGGAGAAGGAGGUGCUCGUCACGGGCAACACCAUGCGGCGCAACCGCGCGCCGUUCAUGCUGCAGCUGCGCGCCGACGGUCAGACGGCAGUCGUGGGCAACGUCAGCGCUGAGGUCACGCGCAACGAGAUCCGCUUCAACGAGCCGGCGGCGCCCGACCGGCCCAGUCAAGUGAUCGCCGUGCGCGGCCUGCAGCCGGUCAACGUCACCGACAACCUGCUGGGCGACAACAGGCUGGAGUACGUGCUGCUGGCCGCCACCCGGCGUUGCAGCCUAGGCGCCCAGAUGCGCGCGCAGCGCAACUGGUGGGGGGUGGCCGAUCCGCGCCUCAUCCGGCAGCGCAUCUUCGACUUCGACGACUGGAACGGAUUCACGUCCGUGGCGUUCAGUCCGUUCCUGAUGAAUGCCGACCUGGACGGGCCGCAGCAGCAAGAGUUUACACAGGACGCGCCGGUCGACCUGGAGAAGCUGGGCGGCCGGCUGCAGCGCAACAUAACGCUCAGAUGGCGCGCGGAGCCGUACGUGGUGCGAUCAGACCUGACUGUUAUGCCGGGCACUACACUGCGGCUGGAGCCGGGCGUGAAGCUCGAGUUCGCUCCGUCGGUCGGCCUGCUGGUGCUGGGUCGCCUGCUGGCGAUGGGCGACGAGGAGCGUCGCAUUGGACGAGCUCGCUACGCUCCGGGGGCGCGCCCGACCGAGCUGAGCCGCUCUGAGGAGGCCCGAACUGUAUCUGUCCGGCUCUGCGCCGCCGGCAACUGCUCGGCCACCGGCGGCUUCCUCGAGCUCUUCAACGCCACCACCGUGCAGUGGGUGCCCGUGUGCGACUGGCGGUUCUCCGAACGCAACGCCGAGGUGAUCUGCCGCCAGCUGGGCCUCAGCGACGUCAGCGCCCACGUGGCGCACGGACCGCGGGUGGAAUACCACGAGCUGUCGCUGAAUUGGAUCUCGUCGUGGCCGGCACCGCAGCGCUGCGCCGGCAGCGAGAGCCGGCUGGCCGACUGUGCACCGCGCGAGACAGGACGCCAGGACGACUAUGUGUACCGUUGCGACUGGCGGGACCAGUUCGUGUUCGUCGACUGCGUCGCGCCGAACGCGGCCGACGUUGCUGGCGCCUGGGGCGGCGUCCGGUUUGCGGCCGGUCUGCUGGAGACGGCCAGUCUGCCGGAGCACGUUGCCGACGACCGCCGCUCGGUGCUACGCUUUGUGGAUGUAUUAGACGCCGGCAGACUGCACGGCCAGAUGUCUCCGGCCGUGCUGUCCGUGCUGCGUGCGCCGGACGUGCGCGCCGUGCACGUGCAGCGGAGUCUGGGCGACGGCGUGACGGCUGUCAGUCCUCCCCGCUCGAUAGAGCUGCUACACCUCAGUGUGCAGGACAGCCUCGGCAUCGGCGUCAACACCAUUAUGCUCACCGGCGAGGCGCGUAGCUCGGAAUACAGCUCCUUCCAGCCGCUGGAGCAGGUGCCACUCCCCUACAACUUGUUCGGCAUGCUGGACAUAUGCGAUGCUCAGAAAGAAGUCGUGCUGAAAGAGAGACUGCUGCUCUACUACAAGUACGACGAUCAGCCCGUAGACUGCGUCAAGAUAUUCAAAUCGGCCGGAGAGGUUAAGACGGUUGGAUUCCGUCUGCUGCAGUUCCACCUGGUUAAUACUACCGACGAGCCGCACCUGACCCCGGACCACAUUCGCCUGUACGAUGGCGACAUCUGGAACAUCACUUCCCGGCUGAUGGCGCAGCUGUCCGUGGGCAGCGGCGAUGCCACCACCUUCUUCACCACUAACCUGACGACGCUGAGCGUGCAGCUACACGCCGCCGGCGGCAGCCGGACCAACGGCUUCGUGGCUGAGGUCGUCACGCUGCCCGUCUCGGCCAUCGGCUUCAGCCGGGAGGUCCGUCACAACAUAUCAUUCUCGUCAAUAUCGGGGAACGUGGACGGGGGCGUCUCCUACGUCAGCGCCGGCGAGAUCAGCCCCGUAGUGACGCUCGAAUGGAACCGCAUCACCAACAACGGCCGCCGGCUUUUUGGCAACUUUAGCACCACCCCGGCAGCAGUCAACAUGGACGUUCAGAAUAUGCAGUACCUCUUCUUCACAAACAACCUGGUGCGGUACAACCAGGGUGGCCUGCGCGUGCGGGCCGAUUCCAGUGGACUGGCGACCUCUCUCAAGGCGUACAUCAGCUUCAACCUGUUCAGCGACAACGUGGACCUGCCGUCGCUGCUGGUAGAGGGCCGGCGCAUCUCGCCCAACCAGGAGGCUAUCGUCUACCGCAAUUACUUCACACGCGCCAACUGCUCCUACCAGAACGUGCUGGAGUUCUCGCAGGUGAUCGCAAAUUUCACUCAAAACCUCGUCUUCAACAACUGGGGUUUUCAUAUUAUGAAAGUCACUGGAUUCGAGCGGGUGCAUUUACCUAUCUACCAGAGCUUUUCACGCAACGGGUUCUUCGAGAACUUCGCCACAGACGAGGAGAAUCGCACCACCAUAGUGGUGAGCAGCGCCGGUCAGCGCUACGUCGACAACGUGUUCGUGAACCCGGACAACGACUACGAGAUGACCACCAUCAACCGCACACAAGAAGACCUGAAAAUAUCCAACUACAGGUAUGAGAUGUGGAUAACCCCGCUGGACGCUCGUCGCAACUGGUGGGGCUACAACGAAUCGCUCGCCAUCCAGGGACGCAUCAGGGACAAGCUGGACGAGCACGGACUACUUCGAGUCGAUUUUAGCCGCUUCCACAUGAACAAUUUCUCGCUGCUGAGCGACAAGUGCCCGCCCGGCUGGACGCUCGUGGACACCACUUGCUUCAUGUACGUGCCAGCGCCGAUGAACUUCUCGGAAGCGCGACAGUUCUGUCAGGUGGACAACGCCUCGAUGCCGUACCUGCAGCGCAACACCGGCCAGCUGGUGCGCUUCGUCCGCGGCCAGCAGUCAGCCUACAACUGGCGCCUCGACCGCAUCUGGAUGCAGCACCUGGACAUCGUCCGCGGCUGCAGCUACUUCGUGGAGCGGCGCGUCGUCUCCGGACGCUGCGACCUCCACUUGCCCUUCCUCUGUGAGAUGGACCCGCGCGUGUACGCCGACCCACUGUCGUGGACGAGAGACAGUGCCGUGGUCGGUGUGCUGUGCGCCGCCGCGGCCGCCCUGCUGCUGGUGAUGACGCUGCUGCUGCUCUGGCUGAUCAAGUCGCGCCACCGGCGCUGGGAGCGGCUGCAGCGGCGGCGCGCCGGCCGCGCCAGCUCGCGCAGUACGCGCUCGCUGAUGAGCAGCGGCCUGGACGCCUCCCCCGGCGGGCGGCGACGCCCACAGCCGAACCAGCAGUCAGACGUCGUGACCGGCGGUAGCGCGGCGUCGCUCGACAAACACUCGCUGGACGAGUCGGACUCGGGCGUGGCGUUCGACGCCCGGUUUACGCCGCAGCAAAACCCGAGCGGUGCCCACAUCUACGCCAGCACCCAGUCGCCCGAUCCAAUAGCCGGCGGCGGCGGCUCCGCCAGUGACGUCAGCAGCGAGCUGAGCUCCAGCUCGGUGGAGCUGAAGGGCGCGGCGCGGCCGCCGCUGUUCCGCUCGGACACAGCGCCCGUAUAUCAGAACGCGGCCGUCUCGGCCGACCCGUUCCCAGUCGGCCCCAGCGCGGAGGCCGGAGACCUGUUCCGCAGCGGUCGGGCGCGGUCACAGCCACUGGAGACGGCCAUGUAA